AUCAAGCAAUUCAUUGAAACUGAGUAAAUUAGCGACAUGAAAUUAAUCUUUGCCAGAUUUAUUUUAUUUUCGAAAUAUCUCGCCAGCAAUCGCAUCGCUUUGGUGGAGCACAAGUGCGGUUUGUCUUAACCCGAGUGAUCAGCUGUUUAAUAUUAGUGCUUCGUGCGGUUUGGGCCGACCUUACUGCCACUUCCGAGCAUCGCAUUUCUACAUACAAGCACGCAACUAUUUUUAGUUUGGGUUAGUUUGGGUUAACUGAAAAACCAGUUGUAUUUGUACCAAUUUGUACUAAUCGUCGUGUAACUUUAGUUAAAUAACAAAAUCUAAAAUGCAGCUUAUUGCGCAUUUAGUGAAAGUGUCCGUUCCUGAUUAUCUGGCAAAUCUACCCAUUCCCGACAGUAUUGGAGGCUGGUUCCGGCUUGGAUUUAAGGAUUGGCUGUCUUUGGUGCCUCCUACGGCUCUAGCAGCCGGCGUCGGUUACACCAUUUACUUGGCUUAUUGCCCCAAAGCCAGGAAAUGCGGCUCAGGACGUUGCAACAACGCCAUCCAGCUCACCAAUCCCAAAGUAGUGGAUACUAUCGAUGUGGAAGACAUCACUGAUAAAGCGGUGUUUUGCCGAUGUUGGAAAAGCAAAAAUUGGCCGUAUUGUGAUGGAUCUCAUGCAGCUCACAACAAGGAAACCGGCGACAAUUUGGGCCCAGUGAUUGUUAAGAAACCCCAGUAGAUUAUUUUUUUAAAUUGAUUUAAUUAUUUUUUGUUGUUUUUAUCUGCCAAAUUUGUGCCACGCCCUACCCAAGCUGGCAUUUAGUAGUGGCUUCUGUGCGUACGUUUAUUAAGUAUUUGAGUAUUUGAAAGCGAAGAGUGUUUGAUUUUCCAUUAAAGCAGGCCUUAGAGGACGCCAAUUA